AGAGAGAGAGAAGACAGAGAGACAGAGAGAGAGAGAGACAAGAGAGAGAGAGAAGCGAGAGACAGAGAGAGAGACAGAGAGAGCGAGACAGAGACGAGA